AUGCUUGGCCGCGCGGCCCAACUCGCGGAGCUCGUCGCGCUCAUGGGCGGCGAGCCCGACGUCGACACGACGAGCUCCGAGAUGUACGAGCCAAUGACGAGCGUUGGGUACCCCGUCAUCGUGGUGCAUGGCUACAACUCGACGGGCAAGAGCAGCUGCGUGCGCGCCGCGCUGGAGGCCGUCAAGCAGGCCAACCACGCCAUGUACACGGCCUUCGUCGACUGCACGACCAUCUACACGCGGCGUCAAGUCUUCACCGACAUCUUGCGCCAGAUUGAUCCGUUGGCGCGGUCGCAGCCGGACGAGCCGCUCCCGAUAUUCCAGUCCAAGGCCACGGGCGAUGGGUACCACAACCUGAACCUCCUCGGGUUCGUCCAGUGCCUCUCCAAGAUCAUGACGGGCCUCCACUCGACAAACGUCCCCAACGUCCUCGUCGUGCUGGACAACAUCGACCACUUUCUCACGCGCGGGUUCCAAGACCUCCUCCGCAGUCUUUGCCGCCUCAACAACGAGCUUGGUAUGAAGAUGCGCUUCUCGCUCGUCCUUGUCACGCGCGGGAUCUCGCUCACGCUGGAGCGACUGCUUUUGCCAUUCGUGCCCGUGCAUGUCCACUUUCCUCUGUACACGCAAGAGCAAAUCUGCGAUAUUCUGGUCGACCAGCUCAAGCUCUGGGAACACGAGCGACUCUUCCGCGCAUGGAUCAAGUACCUCUACUCGCUCUUUGAGCAUGACUGCCACGACUGGAUCGAGUUUCGCUACAUGGUGAUCCAGCUCCUCCCUCUCUUUUACGAGCACGCGCCGGACGAUGGCGGUCACGACCCGACAGCCGACUCCUACAAGGCGGCCCACAAGCAGCUCGUGCACCAAACACAACUUCGGGCCAAGAGCCUUUUCCAGCAUUUGUACCACCGCAACACUGCGAUCGAGUCCCACACCGAGGCGACGACGACGGAGCGCGUGAACCUCCCGUUUGGCUGCCUCAUGCUCGUGCUCGCGAGCUACCUCUCGUCCUUCAACCCGCAGGAGAGUGACGCCGUGUACUUUUCAACUGCGGCCUCGAGCAAGAAGCGGCGCAAGGGCGGCGGCAGCAGCGGAGCCCGCAAGAUGACCAAGAACAAGCCGAAGCAAUCCCGCAACAGCUGAUCGGUCCCAAAGUGUUUCCGCUUCAGCGUCUCCUCGCCAUCUACUCGAGCAUUCUCGAAGAAUACGACCCACCAGCGACGCUCGGACUCGAGGCCGACGAUCUCUCGACGACGCUCUCGCGCAGCGAUGUCUUCAACCACGUGAACGUACUCGUCCGGAUGCGACUGCUCCAGCGCGUCUCGUCGCUGGACGACCUCGACGAUAUCAAGCUGCGCUGUCUUGCGGACCACGAGUUUGUCGAACGCAUUGCGCGGCAGAUUGAGUUUCCGCUCGAGAAUUUCCUCAACCAACUCACGUAGCAUUACUCGGGGGCGAAUAGAAAGAGUUAUUAAGUCAUAAUGACCAAGUAGGUCAAGAUAAUCAGUAC